AUCCCAAUUAGGUCAAAUGGCGAUUGUAAAUGGAAUUGAUCGUGUGCGGUGCGCGGCGCCUUUCCGUUUUGGGAAGGAUGGGAGUACCCGAAGAAGAUAAAUGAGAGCCACAAAUAGAUAUGGAAAUGAGUAAUUACAAAAAACCCCUAUCCAUCCAUCAACCAUAUCUAUCUUCUUUUGAACGCCAUCAGGAGUAUUCACCAUUACAAGUUAUAAUUAAUAUGAAAUUACAUUCCUUUACGUUAAUUGCUACAUUGGCUAUCUUCAAUGUUGUCAAUUCACUUCCUGUUGAUGAACAAGCCAUUUUAAAUCUUAAUAAUCCAGCAUCUAAAGAUGGUAUCAUUCCUUAUGUCAAUGAAUAUGGUCAUGAUCAUAAAGGAGAAGAAGAUAACGAUGAACAAAUCGAUAUCAUGAGUGAAGUUGAAUACAAUCAAUUACCAUUGGUUGAAACUGAAGCAUUGCAAGCCUUAAUUAAUGAACCAGGAUUAAAAUCAAGAGCUCAUAGUUUAUUUGAUAUUGCUCAACGUUCUGUUAAGAAAUAUGGUCAUCCAACUAGAGUCAUUGGUUCUAAAGGUCAUUGGGGUACUAUUGAUUAUAUCAAAUCGGAAAUUUAUAGAUUAAGAGGUUAUUAUACUGUCAAGACCCAAGCUUUUAGUGCUAUUGAUGGUAAAGUUAAUUCUUAUAGUUUAUUAAUUGAUGGUAUUAAACCAAAGAGUUUAGAAGCUUUAAGUUUAACUCCACCUACUCCAAAUGGUAAGCCAGUUCAUGGUAAUUUAGUGUUAAUUGAUGGAUUUGGUUGUUCAUUAUCUGAUUAUCCUGCCAAUUUAACCGCAGGAAACAUUGCCUUAGUUAAAAGAGGUGAAUGUGCAUUUGGAGAUAAAUCUAUCAAUGCUGGUAAGUCAGGGGCUGUUGGGGCUAUUAUUUUUGAUAAUUUACCAUUACAUGGUACUUUAGGUACUCCAACUGGUGAUGAAGUUCCAACUGUUUCAAUUACUGAAAAGGAUGCUUUAGAUUAUAUUAAAAAAUUAACUGAAGAUCCAAGUUAUAAAUUUGAAACUACUUUAUAUGUUGAUUCAGUGAUUACUAACAUCACUACUUUAAAUGUGAUUGCUGAAACUAGAUUUGGGGAUCAUGAUAAUGUGGUUUCAUUAGGAGCUCAUUCAGACUCUGUCACUGAAGGUCCAGGUAUAAAUGAUGAUGGAUCAGGUACUAUUUCAUUAUUAGAAGUUGCUAAAGAAUUAACUAAAUUUAAAGUUAAGAAUGCCGUUAGAUUCGCUUGGUGGGCUGCUGAAGAAGAAGGAUUAUUAGGAUCUGAUUAUUAUGCUAAUUCCUUAAAUGAAGAAGAAAAUAGUAAAGUUCGUUUAUUUAUGGAUUAUGAUAUGAUGGCAUCACCAAAUUAUGAAUAUGAAGUUUAUGAUGCUAAUAAUGAAGAUCAUCCAAAUGGUUCAGGUACCUUAAAGGAUCUUUAUAUUGAUUGGUAUACAUCCCAUGGAUUAAAUUAUACUUUAGUUCCAUUUGAUGGUAGAUCAGAUUAUGUUGGAUUUAUAGAUAAUGGAAUUCCAGCUGGUGGAAUUGCUACAGGAGCAGAAGGAGUUAAAACUAAAGAAGGAGAAGAAAAAUUCGGUGGUAAAGCAGGUGAUUGGUUUGAUCCAUGUUAUCAUCAAUUAUGUGAUGAUUUAUCUAAUCCAGAUUAUGAAGCUUGGGUAAUUAAUACUAAAUUAAUUGCUCAUUCUGUGGCAACUUAUGCUGAAUCAUUUGAUGGAUUCCCAAUUAGAGAAAAAUCAACCACUAUUUCUACCAAUGAACAAUCUCCUAAGAAGGUUAAUAACUUUAAGUAUCAUGGUUCAAGAUUAAUCAUUUAGUUAGAUAAUUAGUUUAGAAUAAUCUAAAUAGAUUUGACUAUUAAAAAAAAUAUAGAUAUUUUGAAAAUAAGAA